UUGCUCUGUCUUACCCCCCCAUAUCUCACUGUACCCGAACAUCGCAAAGACAUGAGCAAAUCCAAGGAUGCGGCUGCUGGAAACAUUAUUCUAAAAUAUCUAAAUGACCAAAAUAGACCUUACAGCACUCAAGAUGUUUUUAGUAACCUGCAGCGGGAGCAUGGCCUGGGAAAAACAGCUGUGGUCAAAGCAAUGGAGCUACUUGCUCAGCAAGGAAAGAUCAAAGAGAAGGUUUAUGGAAAACAGAAAAUUUACUUUGCAGAUCAGGAGCAGUUUCCUAGUGUGAGUGAUUCAGAGCUCAAGGAUCUUGAUUCCAAAAUCACAGAACUCUCCAGCAAGCUGCAGAGUUCUCAGCAGAGUUCUCGCCAGCUGGAGUCAGAGUUGAAGGAUUUGGCAAGCUCCAUGACCACCGAAGAGAUGAUGAAAGAAAUGGCACAGCUAAAAGAAGAAUGUGCCAGGUACCAGGAAAAACUGGUUAAAAUAAAAUCUGCCACCAACCAUGUGACUCCAGAGGAGAAGGAGAAGGUGUAUAGUGAAAGGAAGCAAUUUGGUAAGGAAUGGAGAAAAAGAAAACGAAUGGCAACAGAGAUAUUUGACGCUAUUCUUGAAGGAUAUCCAAAGAGCAAGAAACAAUUCUUUGAAGAAGUUGGGGUGGAAACAGACGAAGAUUACAACGUGACUAUACCAGAUGUGUGACAUACUGACAGUUCGUCCUACAAGAGUUGACUAUCUCCACUUUUGAAUGUUGUAAAAUAUUUUGUACAGAGAGGUUAAGUGAAACCAAAGCAGACCAUGGACCUGUGGUUUUUAUCAUUUCCAUGACCAUUUUGAAAGAAAUCCAGAGAAGUUCAUUUCUUCUUCUGUUUAAGACUUUUUUUUGCUAUGAAGAUUCCAACCCAUCUGGAAACACACUGAAUUCAAGAGUUCCUUAAUUGUUUAAUCAAUUUUCAACAGGGCUACUAAAAUGUACAACACUCACGUACACACUUGUUAUGUAUCCAUGACAUGCUUGAUUUUUAAAAUCAAAAAGCAAUUAAGAUUUGAAAUCAAAAGUAAGUAAAGUAUUCCCUGCUUGAAAUGUUUAGAUAAUAGACCAAUGUACAGAUGGAAAAUGUGGUUUGACUGAAUAUUUUUACCAUAAAAUGACUUUGGAUGAAUG